AUGGAAAACACUAAUCCUAACAUAACCGCACGGACAAAGAAGGUGACCAAUAAGAUGAGUGAUAUUGCGGGAUUGCAUCUGUGUGAAGGUUGUAGGAAAGUAAAUGAAGAAAGAAUAAAAACACUGACUAAUUAUGAGGAGGAAGGAUUGCUUGUUGCUAUCAAACAGUUAGAAGAAAAAAUGGCAAAUGAAGUCAGAUGUCUAACUCAGAUGAUGGAAAAAGUCACAUUUAGAGAAGAGAUGCUAAAAGAACAGAUGAGGGAACAAACUAACUUGAAGAAUAGUCUCAAUGAGGUAAAAAAUCAGGUAGCCAAGGAAGAGGAAAUGACAAAAAAGUGGAAUGAAGUAGUUAAAGGUAAUAUUGAGAGUUUGACAACAAAUGUCAAGGAAAUACAUUCAUCGGUGCUGGACACAAAAAAUCAUCUGGAUGUUGCUAAUGAAAGAGAUAUCCGUCGAAACAAUUUAGUCAUUUUCAACAUACCAGAAAAUGAAAGUUUUUCUUGGAAAGCUGAUAAAGAGAAAAUGCUUCAGUUGUUGAAAGAGAUAACUGAUGAAAACUUGGAGAAGAAGGUUUCAAAUGUAUUCAGACUCGGUAAAAGGGUGAACGAUCAAAAGCCAUGGCCUAUUUUAAUUAAAUUAUUGAAUUUAACUACUAAAAACCUGAUACUAGAAAACUGUUUCAAACUGAGGAGGAGUAAAUCAUUCAAUGGAGUCUACAUUAACCAUGACCUUAUUAAAUUAGAUAGAGAUAUUUGUAAACAGCUUCUCGAUGAUUAA